AUGGAGCCUGAGAAUUCGAACGCGUUCAAGCGGAGCUCGAUGCACCAAGCGUUAUAUAGCCGUCCAGUGGAACGACGUGCAAGCAAGAAGUCUUCAUCUAGGGAUCGGCACGGUAUGGUCUAUCCCGACAGUUUCCGAGAAACAACCAUUCGAACUGUGACGCCAGAGUCGCACUCCCCCGCCAACCAUUCCCCUUUAUCCGAACCAGAGCACCUCACGGGCGCUUUGUCUUCACCUCGAAACACCGUGCGAUCACGGCCCGGCGAACCUGAACGCCGUCGGGAUUUCAACAAACACUCAUCUGGAACGGGCGACGAAGAUCCUCCGGUGGAAGCAAGGAGUCAACGGGCGCGAUCGCGGACAACGGCGGCGGAAGAGCAACGCAACGACAUCACCCCGAACGCCUUCAAAACUAGAACGCGAGUUGGGUCAAUUAACACGGCCAGUCCAUCUCAAUCAAAGUUGCCUGAAGAUCCGUCAUCUUCCAUUGGUUUUCCGUCCAUUGAGUCCCCAAAAUACAGCAGCCACACUGUCCCUCGCCCUCGACUGACCAGAGCUGCCGGUCUGGUCACCGGAGGAGCACAUAAUCAAGAUCUAUUUUCCUCGCCCCUUUCAAGUGGGGAAGCCACGAAAAUCCUGCAGUUGAUGAAAACUACAUGUGGUAGGAUGCACGGAAUUCUAUCAUUCCGAACAGCUUCGACUACUGCCUGGACAUCCGGAUACUGCGCCAUCAACGUCGCUACUGGGAGUCUCAUCUAUCAAGCCAAGGGGGAGCCGGCAUUGGCCAAAACAUUGAUCCCCGAUCUACGUGGUUGUCGAGUUCGGACUUUGUGGGACUCCGAGCUCCAAGCCACCUAUUUGAGCGUUCACACAUUUACCUCUGGGCUUGGGAUACAAUUACGACCUCACGUGAACGAAACAUUCGAUUCCUGGCUUGCCGCUCUACUGUGUUGGCAACCAAUUCGACCCAAGGGUGUUCAGAACAAGAUGACAAAACCUCAAGAGGUUGUGAUUGGAGACCGGCGGAUCCCCGAGCGUCGUCGCAACUCGGAAACCACAGUACAGAAAGAUGCAACUAUCAUCAAAGUUGGCAAGAUGCUUCUAUGGGACAAGCCGUCUGCUUCCGGUGCAAUUCCGGCGUCCGGACGCCGCGUGUCAACGUACAGACAGUCACGGGCUCUUUCUUCCUCGUGGCAAAAGGUGAGCUGCACACUGCAAGAAAAUGGCUUUUUCAAGCUCUAUACGGAGUCCGACGUGUCCCUCCUGGCAUGUGUGCAGUUGUCUCAAUUAUCACGCUGCGCUAUUCAGCAGCUGAACUCCUCGGUAUUGGAUGAUGAAUUUUGCAUUGCCAUCUAUCCUCAAUAUACGGCACAUCCAGUACCCGAUUCAAACGUGCGGCCUAUAUACCUCGCUCUUGAAAGCCGUGUUCUCUUUGAGGUUUGGUUUGUGCUUCUCCGCGCUUUCACAAUUCCAGAGCUCUAUGGUCCUGUGUCACAGGGAGAGGAUCCCAAUAAAACACCAGAAGCCGAGGCCACCGAGCCACCCUUGACCAAAGACAUGUUCCGGAUUGAACGAUUUUUAAGCUUGAAAAUUGUAGAGGCGAAGCUAUUUCGCGCCAAAGAAGAGGACACUCCCCGAAGCCGAAAGGCGUCAAGAUCACAUGGCCAGCCUGUUCCCACCUCAAAGGUCAGUGAUUACUACACAGAGGUGCUCCUAGAUGGGGAAAUUCGUGGCAAGACUGCUGUCAAGUAUCGCACCAUGAAUCCUUUCUGGCGAGAAGAUUUCCUCUUCACUGAUCUGCCGCCAGUGCUAUCCCAAGCCUCUAUCCUUGUCAAAACACUCAACCCGACACAAAGAGACUGGACUUUGAUCUCUCACGGAACAUACGCGCCCAACCAAGACGUGAGUGCUGUGAGCAUGCUGGAUGAGAUUGAAAUUUCUGCAAAUGAUAUUGUCUUUGGACGAGUAGAUCUGCGACUUGAAGAAUUAGAUGCCGGCGUGGAUACCGAAAAAUGGUGGCCUAUCUUGGAUAAUCAAGACCAGGCAAUUGGCGAGAUGUUCAUGAGGGCUCGGAUGGAGGAAACCGUGGUAUUGAUGUCCGACGAGUACGCAGAGAUGUCGGAACUUCUUCAUUCCUUCACCAAUGGCCUCACAAUUAACAUGGCACAACUGAUGUCAUCGGAGCUGAACCAUUUGGCCGAGAUGCUUCUGAACAUUUAUCAGGUCUCAGGGUCAACGGUGGAAUGGAUCUCAGCCUUGGUCGAAGAUGAAAUCGAUGGCGUGCACAAAGAAUCCACCACCAACCGGCUGAGGUAUACAACGAGAAUUCAUUCAAACAAUUCACAGGAGACUAGCCAAGAACGUGAGGUCCUUGUCAGAGACAUGGGAAGGACGGCCACUGUGGAGGCUAACCUCUUGUUCCGUGGAAACUCACUUCUGACCAAGGCUCUCGAUCUUCACAUGCGACGUCUGGGCAAGCAGUAUUUGGAGGAGACUAUCGCGGAACGACUACGUGAUAUUGAUGACAGCGAUCCGGAAUGCGAAGUCGAUCCAUCUCGAGUUCCACGCCACGAGGAUCUUGAACGUAACUGGCGAAACCUCACAGCUCUUACCACAAGUAUGUGGAAAUCCAUUGCAGGAUCUGCGGAGAGGUGCCCCCCAGAACUGCGACGCAUCUUCCGACAUGUCAGGGCGUGUGCAGACGAUCGCUAUGGCGACUUCCUCCGGUCUGUGACAUACAGUAGUGUUUCUGGUUUCCUAUUCCUACGAUUCUUCUGCCCGGCUAUUCUCAACCCGAAGCUUUUCGGACUCUUGAAAGGUAUGGAAUCACGCCCGUACUUUUGCUCGUACCCUAGAUUUUCUUUUGCUAACAACCCCCCAGAUCACCCUCGUCCUCGUGCCCAACGCACUUUGACUCUCAUCGCCAAAGCAUUGCAGGGUCUGGCCAAUAUGACAACAUUUGGCAAUAAAGAACCUUGGAUGGAACCGAUGAACAAAUUCCUCGUCGGUCAUCGCUCAGAAUUUAAAGAUUUUGUUGAUAAAGUGUGUGCGAUCCCUGCCGAUCGACCAGUCCCUAUCGUCACACCCUCCUACACGACACCUAUCCAAAUCCUCGGCCGGUUGCCGCCCACAUCGCGUGAGGGAUUCCCUAGUCUUCCAUUCUUGAUCGACUAUGCUCGCUCCUUCGCGAAUUUGAUACGUGUCUGGCUUGAUGUCUCCCCUGAACGACUCAACGAAUUGGCCGAGCUAGACGUCAACCUUUCCAAGUUCCAGAAAGAAGCCCUUCGCCUGCGGACACGCACUGAGGAGUGUCUCAGACGGGCCGAGCAAGCAGAACGGCCAAGUGGAAAUCUUGAGAUCAAAUGGGAAGCACUGGUGGAUUCGAUGGAGCGACCCGUAACCUUCUACGAGGAAAGCUCAAGUAAACCUAGUACCCCGGCCCCAGAAACGUCCGCACCGGCCUCCAGUAACCAUCGCAAUUCGACUGGCUACUUUGCCACACGUCCUGCAAUUCCCCGUCGGUCCACUGACCACGUUCCCGAUGCCGAGGAUGACACGCCUCCAAGCUCGUCAUCGGCGACCUGGGACCAAAGCCGCAUUCCAUUUACCAUCCCACGUUGGUCUGACCCGCGUGACAGCACGGGAAGCUCAAAAAACUCCUCAACGUACUCGCUCGAAUACUCCGAGUCUUCCAAGGCACGCAGGGCCAGCGUUACGAAAGAGCCCUCGAGCAAGUAUCGCUUCUUCGACUUUGUCCCUGCUCCAUCCCGGCGUAAGGCCAAAGACCGUGAUCAGACUCAGAACCACUCGCACGAGGAUCUACGCAAUGAAUCUUAA